AUGAACCUUCUGGAAGAUUGGUGCCGGGGGAUGGAUGUGGAUAUCCACAGGGCCCUGCUGGUCACAGGCAUCCCACAAGACUGUGGCCAAGCAGAAAUUGAGGAGACCUUGCACGGGUUCUUCACCCCGUUGGGCCCGUACACCAUACUCAACAAGAUUUUUGUCAGGGAGGAGAAUGCCAAAGCCGUCCUGAUCCAGAUGGGUGAGGGCGUGAAUUUGAGCACCAUACCCCGCGAGUUCCCCGGAAGAGGGGGUCCCUGGAGAGUGGUCUGUAGAGACCCCACCCAGGAUGCGGAGUUUUUAAAAAAUCUGCAUGAAUUCCUGGAGAGCGAGGGGCGCACCGUGGAGGAUGUGGUACGCCUCCUCCAUCUCAACUGCGCCCCAGUACCCCAGAGUUCCGGUCUGACCCAGAAUCCGAAUCUGCCCCAAGAGAGCUGGGCAGAAGCAUUGGGGGUGCUCCUGGGGGCGGUGGUGCAAAUCGUCUUCUACAUGGAUGCGGAGAUACGUGACCGCGAGGAAGCCAGGGUUCAGGAGUUGGCCGAGCCCGACGCAACGGCCACCUGGGCGUCCGAUGCUGGAAGGAAGGUCAAGAAGGAGUCAGGGUCCGCCCCUGCGGUGGACAGCGCCCUCAAGAUGGAGAACCCGAACAACUGGUUUGACACGGAAGACGAGGCACCCAGGGCCUUUGUUCGCAAGUCGCGGCCUAAGAGCUUUUCCAGGAGGAAGAAGCUGAACAGAGCCCCCAAGCAGGAUCUCAUGUUCUGGAAAAAACCCAAAGAUGACGGUGCCAACAGCUCAGCCUUAGAUGAUUCUGACAUGGAUGACGUUGAAAAGAUGGAGAUCUCGGGAUGCAGCCAGAGCACCCAAAAGUCCCCCGAGAAGCCGGAGGAGGCGGCUGUGAAGAAGCCGGGGAUGAAAUGUACCCGCAAGGUCCGCCGAGAUCCUCCGCAGGAUGCCCCCUCGGAAGCGGAGAGCUCUGAAACCGCUUCAGAGUCCGACCAAGAUGGCGGCCAGGAACUCCCGCCAAAGAAGAAGGCCCUGGGCUGGGGCUCGGCAAAGAGGCUUGCUCCUCUGAAGAAGAAAAAGAAGGUGAGCUUGGGCCCUAUCUCCUACGUCCUUGUGGAUUCGGAUGAUGCCAAGACGAUGCCAGUGAGUCCAGGGCAAGGCCCAAGCUGGAAAAACGAUGGCGCUCCUCGGAAGGGCCCUCGAAGCCCACCGCCCCUUGAGACACCAGCCUCCACAUCCCAGGAUCUCAUGGCCAAGCUGGAAUGUUCGCCUCAAACCUCCAAUGGCAAGAGUAGCUACAGAAGUCACUUAGAAUGUGUCGCCAAGUGGAUGAGGUGGGAAAAUCAGGAGUGGGAGGUGGAUGUGGAGGAAGAGAUGCCCAAGGAGGAGGCAGUGGGCCAGCUGGCAAACAAAGAUGAACCCGGCGCAGCGGAGGAAGAGGAGCAGGCCGAUGUGGCUGAUGGUGAUGCUGACGCUGGCGCGGCUGACCCCGACGCGGCUGAUUCUGACUCCCCAAUUGAGGUUGUGGAAGUGCGGCUGGACCCGGCCAAUGGCAGAGGCGAUGCUCCAGUGGUUACCAUAGAAACCGCGGCCGCAGAACAGGAGGCGGUGACGUCACUGCGGGAGCAAGACCCCCAGCCACGACACCCUUGUGGCAGCAACGCCGAGAAAUCAGCAGCCCCAAUCUUAGACGUCCACAGCCAAGAGCGCAAAAGCAGCAUCUUCAGACCCUCCCUGGUCGGGAGCCACGCGCCAGCGGCCAAACACCUCCACUUUGGCUUCACCUGUGAAUAUCGUGGCAUCCUGGAUCCAUUUUGGGAUUCCCGAGGCAGCUCCGGUGAGCAGCGGGCGUACUGCUGCCUCCGGGAGCUGGGCAAGAUGCUGUUCGGCGUCAAGGACAUUGCGUUGUUGGAACAUGGGUGCAAAGCUCUGGAGGUGGAUAGUUACAAGUCCCUGAUGAUCCUGGGCAUCCCGGAAGACUGCAGCCACGAGGAAUUCGAGGAAAUCAUACGGGUCCCCCUGAAACCUCUGGGCAAGUUUGAAGUGGCCGGGAAGGCCUUUCUGGAAGAAGAUAAGACCAAGGCGGCCAUCAUCAAGCUGGCAGAGGACAUUAAUUACGCCGUGAUCCCCAGGGAGAUCAAGGGCAAGGGCGGGAUAUGGAGAGUGGUCUACAUGCCCCGGAAGCAGGACGUUGAAUUCCUCACCAAGCUGAACCUCUUCCUCCAAAGCGAGGGCAGGACCGUGGAGGACGUGGCUCGAGUCCUCAGACAGGAACUGUGCCUGGGUUCGGUGGGCCCCAGUGGGCUGCCUGCAAGAAACUUUUGUGUGCCCGGGCCGGGGGAGGAGCCUGGGGCUGAGGCUGCCGCUGGGGUGGAUGGUUCACCUCCUCUGGACUCCACAGAGAAGGAGAGCAGAAGCAGUGAUGGCAAGAAAGGCAAGAGGAAACACAAGAAACACCGUCGGCGGCACCAUGCAUCUGACAAGAAGCUUUGA